AUGCCUACCUCGGUCACCACAGACGUCAGCAACUAUGGGAGUCAGGGUUAUGGGGAACUAGGCCAUAAGAUGAAAGCUUUGACCUGGCAAGGGAAGAAUUCGGUCAAAAUUGUGGAGACGGCUCGCCCGAAGAUCAUCGAUGAAGGCGAUAUCAUACUUAAGGUGACCGGUAGCACUAUCUGUGGGAGUGACUUACACCUGUUCCACGAGGCUAUCCCAGAUCUCCAGAAAGGUGAUAUCCUCGGCCACGAGUUUUGCGGUAUUGUCGCAAGUGUGGGACCGGCAGUUAAGAAAGUUAAAGUAGGCGACCGCGCUGUGGCAUCGUUUCAAAUUGCCUGUGGGGAGUGUUAUUACUGCAAGAAGAAAUUGUCCUCAAUGUGUGAGCGGACGAAUUCGAGCAAGCCUCCCGCUAAACUUUAUGGGCGUCGAACAGCUGGCAUGUUUGGAUACUCCCACUUCACGGGGGGCUUUGCCGGUGGGCAGGCGGAAUUUGUUCGCGUCCCUUACGGUGACGUGAAUCUUCUUCAGCUGCCCGACGACGUCCCUGAUGAAAAAGGACUCUACCUUUCAGAUGUGCUAGGAACAUCUUGGAACGCCGUUGUCGACACUGGGGUUGAGAAGGGUGACACUGUGGCAAUCUGGGGAGCUGGUCCAGUUGGACAAAUGGCAGCUGAAUUCAGCUUUUUCAAUGGUGCCGAUAGAGUUAUCCUUAUUGAUGGUGGUGAUGGAAAAUGGCGACUAGGCUUUGUCAAGAAAAUUUUACCUAAGCUCGAGACAGUUGAGUAUACGAACCUCCCAGCGGGCGAAUCUGUUACCUCAACUCUGAAGAAAAUGUGUGAUGGCCGGGGACCCGAUGUGGCGAUCGAGUGCGCCUCCGGUGAGUAUACGAAAGGAUGGUCUCAUUACUUCGAGAGAAUGCUAGGCAUGGAAGCGGAUACUUCUGAGUUGAUCAACGAGAUGAUUACCUCUGUCCGAGCGUUCGGGCGCUGUGGUGUCACGGGUGUAUAUGCCGGCUAUUGUAACCACUUUAACAUCGGUUCCUUGAUGGAAACUGGGAUCCGUCUCACUGGCAAUGGACAAUCUCCUGUGCAAAAAUAUUGGAAAGACCUCCUGAAGUGUAUUCAGCAGGAGAAGAUCCAUCCCCUGCACAUGGUCACCCACCGGUUCAAGCUCGAGGAUAUGGAGACGGUGUAUGACUUAUUCAAUAAGCGCCAUCAGGGUAUGCAGAAGGUUUUUGUCCAAACACAGUUUUCCGCUCCUCCAGCACCAGGAGCUCCUACGUUAACAGUACUCUGA